UCCUAUGCCAGAUUUUUGCGUAGAUUUCGUGGUCAAUCAAAUAUGUUCAUUUUUAUCAAUGCUUCUUAAAGAAUUUCAAGUUAAAACCUGAUUAUGAUGAUCUAUUUAACCAAAAUCGUAACACUUGCAGGAAAUAUCAGUGAUUAAUCGAUCUUCGGCAGUUUUUUUUGAGCCCUGAACCACUGACCGAGUUUCCACCGAAUGACAUCAUUUAUGCUAUGGAAAAUUCAGAUAUACCUUCAGACCCACUGCCUGCCCUUGAAACUCCAGAAGGCUGCCAGGACGACGGCUUUUCAGCAUCCAGUUCCAAUUUACGGAACUCUUCGGUACUAGAUUUUUGCCGGAGAGCCUCGCUAGGAGUCGACGGAGCAAUUAAAACUCCCGUGUGCCUUGCACGAAGAUUCUCGACUGGAACAGCUUGCGUGCGAAACAUUCGACGACGUUUUUCGUUGGGUGAAGACAGGAAAAGAUUCCACUUGGCAGGGAGCAACAUCUCGAUCAACGAGGCUCAUUUUCGACGUCUCUCGGUGGAUUCUUGCCUCGGGGUUUAUGAUCCUCGACGUCGAUCGUCGCUCGGCGCAGAAUCACUCAUCGAGUACGAUUUGGAAGAGGAAAACGAGCCUUCCGCUGAUCAGCGAGUCGAUUUGCCAUCAGACGCUCUGCUCGGCCUGCAGUAUGCCGACGACGUCUUUGCGGUCAAAAAAGCCUUGGAAAUCAAAUAUCAUCCAUUAAGAUGUCUGGAAAAUCAACCGCAGGUCACGGAGCCCGUUCGUUGCGCCAUCGUCAAUUGGCUCUUGAAAGUCAACAGAAAACUCAACUUUGGCUCCGAGACGUUAUUUUUGGCCGUCCAUUUUUUAGACCGCUUUUUGACCUUAUCUGCGAUAGCGAGCGACUGCGUCCAACUCCUCGCUGUUUGCGCCCUCUUCGUUGCCGCAAAAAUGGAAGAGAUCAAAGUGCCUGGCAUAAGUGCUCUCUCGCGCGUCUGCAGCGCCCCCUUCCAGCGACAUCACUUCCGCCGUAUGGAGAUUUUGCUGCUCACGAAACUAGGUUUUUACCUGCACGCCCCAACGAGCUGGUAUUUCAUUAACCAUCUGGCGCUCAAGGCUUGUCAGCUGGGGUACUUGGAUAGGAAAGUGACUCGAGCAGCCCGCCGUGUAUCCGAGUUGUGUCUUUGCCGCUACGACAUCACUCAAUAUUCGCCAAGUGUUCAGGCGGCAGCAGCGUUCCUGAGUGCCAUUUCCAUUCUAGAGCCCGAACUUGCAAGAACUUUACCUUGUCUCUUCGAAGCAGGAAAAUCUGACCACUUACAGUGUCUUAUUGACGAAGAAACUAUGCAUUGUGCAAGUUGCUCACUUUCUGAUGAGCCCGAAUGGUGUUUGGAUGACCAUUCACCACAAUGCUGUGCCUUGCUUAAUAAUCCUCCAGGAGAGGAUGAGGGCGGUCACCACGAUGUCAACGAACGAGGGGAAAUUGAGGAAGAACAGGAAUAUAAGGCAGAUCCGACCCUUGUAUCGGCCCUCGUGUUAGCAAUUAAACUACUUUACAAGCCAUCAGAGCUUGAAGAAAUUUCCAGCUGCUGGACACUCAUGGCUGCUCACAUGUUGCCAUAUGAAGAGCAACUGCUUCAGGAAGCUAGCAAGUCAGCGUCCAGUAUAAAUAUUUCAGCUUUGCAAGAUGAAGCUAAGAGCACAGAACUAAAAGAUUCGCAAAUCUCAAAAUCUAGCGCUAUGGAUGAGUUAGAAAUCAGCGAGUCUGGUUCUUCGAGCGAAUUUGGUUUAGCAAGUGAGUGCUCUUCGACUCGGACCGACGUUGUAAUUUCCGAGAAAUUUUCAAGUUCUUGUCUGGAUCGGCGCGACAGCGGCAUUGUUACCAUGGAGAUCGAUCUUCAGCAACGAUUAAUUGACGAUAACAAAUUGGAGCAAAGCAUGAAAUGAAAUGAUCGUAUGCGUCACUUCUGUGAUGAGUUUCCAAGAUUUAUUCGUGAAGAAUUCAAAAUCCACGUGCAGUAUAUUAGCUCAACUCGGUUAUAUAAAAUUUAUAAUUCAUGAACCAUGGAUGUGUCUCUAAUGAAUUUUACAUCUCAGCAGCACUUUAUUCUGUUUCGCGGAAUUCAUUGCUGUGAUCUCAAUAGGUUUAGUUUUGUUUUACUGUAGCAUGAGAAUUACCUUAAAUAGACGCUGUUCAUUAUUGCCAAUCAAUUAGACUGCAUCAAUAGUAAAAUUAACAUAAUGACAAGCAUAGCUGAUGGUGGUGUCGCUCGCCCAGUUACGAGAGUAAUUAUCCACUUGCAAUGCAUGCUAAUGCUGGAUCUACUCAAAUUAUUUCGCUUUAAUAAAUUACAAACAUGAAUAAAAAAUUAGUGUAUCGAGUUUCUCUCAAAAUAGAGCCGCAUAAAUUUAUGUAACUUAGUGAUCUGUGAACGAGAGCCAAUUAUUCCACUAUUUAAAAUCACGCCAAUAUGUUUCACAAAUUUGAACGAUUUUUCACGGAGAUAUAUGGCGCUCGAAUAGCUCGCUGUGAAGCGCUAACUGCUAUGCUUAUCGGAAGUGAUUGUAAAAAAUUUUGUUCUUGUUUGUUCUUCUGACAUGUUUUAUUGAAUACGUUACUUUGUUGUGUUUUGUUGACGCGGAUUUUCGGUUGUUUCUUUGCAUUUGCUGUUGUACUGUUUUCAUGUUACUUAAAGUAUUUAAUUACACUAUC